UAGAGAAUUCUUCCUACGGGGAAUAAGUUUAUAUAUAUAUAUGGAAGAGAGAUUACAACAAUAGAGCAGUCUAGUUGGUCUUGGUGAGUCUGAGAAUGUCUUCCGAGUAUUGUUUGAACAUCUUAUUCUCUCCUCUUGUUUUUUUAUUGUUUUGCACCAUAAAAGCAGCUGCGAUAAUAAAGAUAGCAGAGACUGAGACAAUUCCAGCACUUUUCGCGUUUGGAGAUUCAAUUCUGGACACCGGAAACAAUAACAAUCUCGUCUCAAUAAUCAAGACCAAUUUUCCUCCAUAUGGAAGGGAUUUCGUUGGAGGAAAACCAACAGGAAGAGCUUCCGAUGGAAAAGUCCCCUCAGACUUGAUAGCCGAGGCCUUGGGAAUCAAAGAGCUUUUACCUGCAUACCUUCACGAAGAUACAAAAGUAGAAGAUUUCCCUACAGGUGUAUGUUUUGCUUCAAGUGGCUCAGGAUAUGACCCUUUAACAACUACACUAUUGCAAGUUUUGUCACUGUCAGACCAAUUAGAUCUGUUUAAAGAGUACAUAACAAAGCUGAGAGGGACUGCUGGAGAAGAUAGAGCAAAUUUCAUCAUAUCCAAUGGCCUAUAUAUUGUGUCAGCAGGCAAUAACGACAUAGGCCUCUCCUAUUUUCUUACCCAGCUCAGAAAAUUGCAGUAUGAUGUUCCUUCCUACAAUGCUUUUUUGGUUGCCUCCGCUUCUAGCUUUCUCAAGGAGUUAUAUGAACUCGGGGCUAGACGGAUAGCUGUUUUCAGUACGAUUCCGUUGGGAUGUGUACCAAUUCUAAGGACUCUUUUUGGAGGGAUUCAGAGAGUGUGUCCAGAGAAUAUAAAGGAAGCAGCAGAAUUAUUCAAUGCCAAUCUAUCAACUGAGCUGCACUCCCUUAGCAACAACCUUCCGGAUGCCAAUAUAUUUCUCGUUGAUGUCUACAACCCUCUACUCCAUCUCAGUCGAGAUCCUGCUAAAUUUGGUUUUGAAGUUGGUGAUCGAGGGUGUUGCGGUACGGGGACAGUAGAAUUCUGUGAAACAUGCAACGAACUGGUUGACCUAUUAUCGUGUUCUGAUGCGUCUAAAUAUGCUUGGUGGGACUCUGUACAUCCCUCAGAAAUGGGAUACAAGAUUCUCGUCUCACAGAUCCUCCAGAAAAACAUCAACAAUUAAUCUCUUCUGUGGACGUUCCCCUUGUUGAUCAAGUUUCGACCUCUCAUAAUUAAAUAACAACAUCAAGGGUGUAUUGCAGUUUUAUUUAAAUAAACUACUUUAUUUGCCUAGCUAUAUAUGACAAUUAUAUUAUUUAAAUGAUGGUUGCUGAUGAAAAUAU